AUGGGGCCUCGGAAGCAUGAAAAGGGUCAAAAGCAGGCUCAACGCUUCCCACUCGAGGCAGCAGAAGCCUUCGAGCCCGAGGAUGAUAUUUUCCGUCAAUUGCAGCGAACUGGCUCCCCACCUGGCAAUCUCCUUUGUAUAUCCCCGGAUGCUGCACCUGGAACCAGCCUUAACCAGUUCCGUUUCCAGCUGCACCGCGAAAACGGGGUUCAGCCCGGUCUUGUCGGCUACCUCGAGAAGUAUGUGGGUGCAAGCCACUUGGUCUGGAGCAUGUGCGCUCUUCUUGCAGAUAGUGGUAUUGAUCCGGAUUGGAAAGAUACAUUUGAGUUGUGGCGUCCACAGUGGAGACAGUUUGCUACGAGUUUUGAAAUCCAAGGAAAUACUUCGCGCACGUUAGAUGUUCCCCCUUCGCCAGUCCGUAUAAUGUGGAUUCAGGCGCCUAACAGCCUUGAUACGUAUAAGCUCUUUGCUGUUAAUCACAAGGAGAAGAAGCGUGAUCAAGAUGCCCUAGAGGAUCUCUGGAGGUGGAUGCUUGAUGUGUCACCCGAGUCGAUUGUUCAUGGGGUUUAUAUCAUUAAACUUGGGGUUGAGCCUUGGUUCCCUGGUGAGUAG